AAUGCACAUGAACAAACAAAUGGGGUUUAAAGUCCCAGCUUCCACGGCCAUUAACCCUGCUUUAGCUUCCCCUCUAGUUUGCAUGAGACACCAUGGACAUAAACGCUGUGAAUGCACUCUCGUAUGAGGAAUUUUUGGAAAUAUUUGGGAAUGUGAUUGAGAAAUGUCCCAUCAUCCCAGCUGCGAUAUGGAUCCACCGUCCGUUCACAGGCCUAGCGGACAUCGAGGCCCACAUAUCCGACUUCAUCGACAGUCUACCUGAAUCGGGUAAAGAAGGGAUCCUCCGGUGCCACCCGGACCUGGCGGGAAGGGAGCUGCAGAGCGGCGCGUUAACCCGGGACUCGCAGGAGGAGCAGCGCGCGGCUGGCUUCACCGACCUGCAGCCUGUGGAGGUGUCGCGCAUGCGCAGCCUCAACUCUGAGUACAAGGGGCGCUUCGGCUUCCCGUUCGUCAUAUGCGCGCGGCUAAACACCAAACGGGACAUCACGCGGGAGCUGCUUGACCGCCUCGGCAACGACCGUGCGGCGGAGAGAGCGCGCGCCAUCGACGAGGUGAAAAAGAUUUGCGCGCUGCGACUGCGCAACCUUGUGCUGUCCGACUCCACAAACAAGCUCUGAAUUCAUGAGCUUUGCGUGAAAUCGGACGGGAAUGAUCACGUCAUAGGCUGUUUAAUUUGCUUGGCAUUUCCUUUUAUUCGAUUUGAUUGUGAUUGGUGUGUAAUUAACUUGCCAGUACUUUACUUACUGAACGCGACUUGUAGUGCAUCAUGUUCUCAAUUCAUAAUGCACAAUAAAGAUAGCUAUAAAGUGG